GGAAUGUAAAACUCGACGCGAGGACCACGAGUGAGAGAGUUCGGCGAAUUAGGAUCUUUCUGGACAUCCGCUGGGUAUAAAGAGCCAGAUCUCGUAGCCCCCAGCAUCAGUUGCUUAACUUCGCAGUCAGCUUACGCACCAAACAUGAAGGUAGCCGUCGUUUUUAUCGCUGUUGUAGCGUGCGUCGCUGCUCAAGGUACUUUUACGACGAAGUACGACAACGUUGACAUCGAUCAAAUCCUCAGAAGUACUCGGCUCCUCAAUAAUUACGUCAAUUGUCUUCUCGAUGCUGGAAAUUGUACUCCCGAUGGUAAAGAGUUGAAGAAAUCACUGCCCGAUGCUCUGGCCAGUGGUUGCGCCAAAUGUAGCGAAAAGCAGAAGGCCGGCAGCGAGAAGGUCAUCCGGUUUCUAGUAAAUGAGCGUCCACAAAUUUGGGAAAAACUCUCCGCGAAAUACGAUCCCAACAACGAGUACAAGAGCAAGUUCCAAAACGAAGCUAAUAAACGUGGAAUCACCGUUUAAGAGACAAACAAAAGCGGACCGAAGGUUUUGAGGGUGAUGAAACGAAAAUGUCUCAUUAUAGUAAUGCAAUGAUUCUCAUUCGAACUUCUUAAAUUGUCUCGACAUCGUUACAUAUCUCGUGUUUAUCAUUUUGUUAUUUUUUAUAUGUCAUUGUAAAUGAAUUUUGAAUAAAACACUCAAAACUUA